GUUAUGGUUUUGUUGAUUUUGAUAAUGCCCUCUCAGCCCAAAAAGCCGUCAAGGACUUACAAGAAAAGAAUAUCCUGGCACAAAUGGCAAAGCAACAAGAGCAAGACCCAACUAAUUUGUAUAUAUCUAAUCUGCCUCAUAAUAUCGACGAGAAAGCAUUAGAAGGAAUGCUCGCACCCAUCGGUCACGUAAUCAGUACUAGGAUAUUGAGAGAUACCACGAUGCACGAAAGUCGGGGCGUCGGCUUUGCAAGGAUGGAAUCAAAAGAAAAAUGUGAAGAAGUUAUUCGGCGAUUUAACGGGGUCACAUUAGAUCCCAGUCAACAGGAACCUUUACUAUGCAAAUUCGCAGACGGCGGCGUCAAAAAGCGAAACCAGAUAAAUAAGCAGGGCCGCGGGCCACAGUCAGCCACGAACUGGAUGGGGCGGCCGACGGAAGCCGGCGCACUCACGUACGAGAGUUUAUACGCUCGCAAUGGGGUACCGGUCAUGCCUCACCAGUUGAGUGCGGCAGCGUACAACCUAGGGGGCGCUGUCACGUAUGCAAGUCUACCGGCUGCGAGCACACCUCAGUGGAUACAACCAACAUCACCUUACAUUGUACAGCCUCAGAUUACACCUGCCACGCAGCAGUCAACAGUAUAUGGAGGGUCAGCAGGUUUAGAACCCAGCAUGGCCGGCAUGGCCAGUGGUCAUCCAAUGGUCCCUACCGGUCUCUCAACACAACUCGGUCAAUUACAACUAGCAUCUUCAUAUGUCCAAGCAAAUCCAUACGCACACCUAGGACACGCCUACCAAACUCAACUAUUACAUCCGGUAACAGUCGAUGACCAAGUAGAUGAACAGCAAACAAUGAGCGCCGCCCAGCAGUAUUACGCGUCAGCCGGAGCCAAGUGAAAGAGUGUUUACCCAACCCAUUCAGCCUCAACACUGUCAUUGUGAUUGAUAGAUUGUCUUCUAGUGACUCUUUAUUGUGUGGCAGACCAAUAGGAUUUACCUCGUAGGGGAGAAACAGAACAUGGCAAACAGCCCAGCAAAUCCUAAACCUCAUCUAGCACCUCUCAUCGUCAUGGAAACGUGUGAUUCCCAGCAUCUUCCCCUGAAAUUAAGGAUAAAUGCCACCACUUAUUAUAAAAUGGAAAUGACAAAGUUUGCUCAAGGAGUGUAUUUUUCUACAACUGUAUCGAUACCUGUUUUUGAAGUCUACUCCUACCUGACGGCACUGAUAUUGAGGGAGUUUGUGUAGAACAAAAAAUCUCCAGUUGACAACGGGAUGUAUUCUCCAUUUUUCGACUCGAGACGAUAACAAAAGAGAUGCAACGGCAGGCAGAGAGUAUAAAUGCGCUUUCGAAAUUAAGCAUUACUUUUGGAAUCGAGUACUGUCGGAGUGAAUGUACCAAUAAUUUUCAAAGCAAUUUUGAGAAUGUCUGAACGUUUUAACCUGCUGUGAAUAGUGCAUGGGUAGAUUUUUAUUGGAUUUUAAAUUCAGUCUUCAAACUCUUCUCUUGCCCAUAUCUUUUAGACUCUCAAAAGACUCCUGUAGUAGAUCCCGUUGACCUUUUUAAACAUGCUAUCAGCAGUUUUAAGAAAUUCUGAUGUUCGAUCAUCUUUUAAUACUGAAAGAAUACAAUUUUUAUCAUUUUAAUAGUAAUGUUUGAUCAAAUGUAUCAGAUUGCUGUUGGAACCUGUAGAAUUUGUUUACACUGUAACAGAAACGAAGUCGAGUAUGAGAGUAGGUAGUUAACUAUUACCUACAAUCCGUGAAUUAUAAAGCCGAGGUCUGUAUUCAAGAUUUUUUUACUUCCGCAGACUAUAAAAAGGUGUAAAAGAAAAUGCUUUUUGAAUUUCAUCCUUCCCUAACUUUAAAAUAUUCUGUGAAGUCUUGAUAUACAUUAAUAGCUGUAAGAAUAUGCGGUUUCAUUUUUAAAAGGUAGAAAAGGACCCGUUUUUAAUUAAUCACGCACGAGAGAAAAACUGCUGGAGGUUAAUGGAUUUUAUUGUCAUUUUAUCUCCCAAUUUUGAAUCUUUUAUGUUAGGGUGCUAGAGUUUGUGUACGAGGAAAUUCUUGUUUUGAAACCAUAUACCCCACUUCAUUGUCUACCUAUGUUUUUUGUUACCCGUUUUGGGGAAUUUAUUCUGAGAGGCAAUAAAUAUAAUUACUAUGGAUUUCUGAUAAAUGUCAAUGAAUUUAAAGUAUGAAAAAUUUGAGAAAAUGAAAUGAAUAUUGAGGUUUAUCUGAAUGUAUUUAUAAAAAAAAUGAAUUUUGAAUAUCUCGUCUUGGUGAAAAGAUGAGGUCAAAUUGAGUUGACUGAUUAUUACAAGGAAUUGCAAAUUGAAUAUUUGCGUCUAUUUGAGGUGAGAUGUUCUUGGCCGUCGCGACGCGAGAAGACGGCAAUUUUGCAUUGUAGAUAAUGCAUACCAAAAAAUACCUCUUAUGCGAAGAAGGGAGUAUGCUCAAACUAGAUGUGUUAAAGAGUUCUUUUAUUUGAGCAGACGUUAUACUAGCUAUUGUCGAUAUCUCCAAGCUGCCGAAAUUUAUGUGAAAUGUUGUAGCCUAUGUAAGUUUCAUUGUGUAGAUUCCAGUAGGUAUGUAGAUAAGAUCGAUUGCAUUUUUGGAUGAUGAUAAUUUGUACAUGUGAAGUUCGAGUAUGUUUCUAUUUUGGCAUUCUGUUUCCUCAUAGAUUCGGUAAGAAUUUUUUGUUAUUGUUGUAUAUAUGGUAGAUGUGUCGCGAUGAUGGGGGAAUCCUGGUAAUCUAUUUUGUAAAUGUGUUCCUGUACGUGGAAGAAAUGUUUAAUUGAGGCGUGGGGAGGAGGUCGUGAUCAUAGGAAGAGUGUGAUGCUCGAUGUUAGAGUCGAAUUGAUUAUAAUGAAUUAUUGGAGUGAUUUGAAAUGAAAGACUAGAUACAUGUAACGUGAGCAUAUGACAUGGUCUAUUAUGUGUUCAGUGCAUUGCAGCUUAUUAUAUGAAUGAAUACUCGGGGGAAAAAUCCCCGCAGUGAUUGGGAAUCAUUGCACAGGAGGCGAAUGAAUUGUAUUUGCUGCAUGGUAUAGUAGCAAUAAAGUAGGAAGAAAAUUGGCAAUAUGGCUGCCAAUUUGAAGAGAGCUGCAGUGGUUUUGGUAAGGGUAUGAUUUGACGGGUAGCUCAGGGACUUUACGAAAAGCGUAGGAGGAAAGGCGGCAUUAUGCACCGGGUAAACUUUGAGAUGUUCUAGCGAUAAAAAGAGAGAAAAUGAAUGAAAUAGAUUGGCGAUGACUAUUAAUGAUUGUGUAUGUAUGUUGAUGUCAGAUUUUUGUUGUACUUUCUGCGAGGUGCAAGAUCUAAUUCGUUCCACAGACAUUUUUUAUGUUGACUCUUUCCGUUUUUCUUUUUGUCCUUGUUUUCUUCUGUUUGAUUUAAAAGCACUCAUGAAUUCCAGCACUGAUUAUGUUCCUUUAAUGUUUGUGUCAUGUUUUUUUUUUCUUUGAUUAAUUUUGUUACUUGAAGAAAAGGAAAGGAUAGAUAGCACUCGUGUCUUUUCAAAGUUUAACAGAAUUCAAUUUUAAUCUUCAGGCUAUGCCAGUUUCUAUGUGCCUUCCAAAAUAAAGUUCUAUUUAUUGAUUAGCAUAAGGAAAAAAAAUGAACAGAAUUGUUUAGUAAUCACAACUCAUUACAUAUUUUGAAUCGUGUAUAGAAAACCUAUGCAGAGAAAGCAUUCUGUACAUCUAAGAAUGAGUCUUGUUUUAUUGUCAUAAUGCCUUGUGAUAUCCUUUUAGCUUUGCAUGCUUAUUAACAAUGGGAUUUGCAAAUAAACGCUUCAUUGAACGAUAAAAACAAGUGUGAUUGAAGUGUUAUACUAAAGUAUAAACAUAGACCAAGAAUAAAGUGAUUGAAAUACUCCGUUUCCCCCCUGAAUUUCUCGAUAAAAUACUGUAAAAAUAGACCUCCGAUUCCUCUUUACUUUGGUUUGUACGAUAUUUAUUACUACAAAUAAUUAUAAUCUUGCAUGUAAUGAUGCUCACACGAAAAAAAUUCAAUUAUGAAUAUAUAUAUUUUCAUAAACGGCUCUGAAAGGCUAACAGAUUUAUGCAAGUCACCUUCCUUUCGCAGCCUCCCCCUCCCUUCCCUUGAAUUAUCAAAGAACUCGUGUUUCAUGCUAAAUUUGAAUGUUUAUGACAAUUCUGCAAAUAUGACGGCUCUUUGCCGGUAUGCCCUUAUCUCAAGACAUUUAAAAGGAUAGUUUUUUUUUAUUUCAUUCCCCAUUGAUGAAAUAAGAUGCCAAUUUCCAUAUCCUAGACCCUAUGUGAUUCUUUCUCUUAUUUUAAAUAUGUCUUCAUACUUUAGUCAUGUCUGUUGGGGAAAGAAAGUAGUUGUUUUAUUUGUGAUGGUUGUCUGUUAUCGUACGUGAUUGUUAUUUUCACUGAAGCUGACAAAAUAAAAAGAAUUGUGUGUGAGAGCUCUUAUACCUACAUUUUUAUUAACACGUGGAGACUCUACUGAUUAUUAGAAGAAAUACUUUCAGACAUGUUUCCUCUUAGUUUGUCUCUUUUCGUAUACCAUAGAGUCAGAUAUUUUUAAGAUAGGAAGCUACCGUUGAUUACGUGGUAUUUGAACGUAGCAUUUUGGUACAAAAAUUAUCCCACCUAAUGACUUUGGGGAGUUAUGAUGAAAAUUUGUGACUUGUUGAUUAAUUAUAUGUUUAUUUCUUUAAAGUCCUGCUCACUAGCAGUGUGUAUUACUUUGGGUUUUUUUUUUCUUGUAUAUGGAUAUGUGAUAUAUGAUUUGUGUUGAUUUUUUUUUCCUGUCUUCCUUAAAAAAAUUGUUUUUGGGUAGUUCAUGAAUGCACAUGAAGAUACUGUAUUCUCUAUUAUUUUCUUUUGUUACAUGUCGUGCCUGUGUGGUUUUCUAUUGUCAUUUUUUUUUUUACUGGUUAUACUUUUGCAAACGGAGCAUGCGUCAUCGCUACUGUUGUAAGGGUUUAAUCUCAUUGUUGUGUUAGGGAAUGAUUCUUCGUUAAGAUUAAUGAAAUGUUUUGUUUUUCGUACGAAAAUCACACUGAUUCCAUGGACCAUGUUGUAUAUAUGAGGGUGAAUGAUGUUUUCCACGUGAUCAAGUUCCGAUUCGAUUUUAGCUCAGAUUUUACGCUUAAACAGCUUUGUUUUUCUCUCAAUUUGGAGAAAAUUUAAAAGCUUUUUUUAUUUCGUCUGUGUACAGAUAAUUUUGAAUUUGAAAUUUGUUUCUUUUUUGUUCUUUCUCUUAAUUCUUUUCAUGUGUUAUAGGUUUACUACCAGAAGGGCGAAAUUCUGAUUAUGUAGUUUAUGAAAGAAAAUGUGAUUGAUUUUCUAACAUGAGUUUUAUGUUAAGUGCUGCUGUAAAUAUCUAGCCUAGGCAUUAAGAGUAUUUUGUUUUUGUAGUUAUUUAGAAGAUUUGAUUGUCAUUUUAUUUCUGUGUCCUCUGUCCAGAUGUUCCUUUUCAUGCUCUUUUCUAAGAAAAUAUUGUAAAAUUUAUGGAUUUUUGUGGAGGACUAGUCAAAAUCCAUUUUAGUGUUAUUAUAGAUGAGAUACUAAUAGGUAGGCAUAAAAAUUUAGACUCGAUUGUGCGAAAAAAAAUAGAUUUUAAUGAAUUUUAUGAUGAAAUGGUGUUGAGAAAACAUGCCUUUUAAGGGAUGAUGUCUGUAAAUUAAGAUUUUUUUAUUGAGUAGCAGAUUAGAUGUUUAGUUAUAGUGAGAAUCCAAAAUGUGUGAUUUUUACUUCUUUGUUUUAAAAGCAACAAAAAAGAAAUGAUGAAAAUAUUGAGAGAUUAUGAGAGAGAUUGGAGUUCAAAUUGUACAGAAGAUAUGGAGGGGGUAUAGUAUUUGAGGUACCAUUGUGUUUCUUUUUUUUACCAGGAAUGUUUCUUGUGCUUGCUUUUGCUAUGAGAUUUUAGAUUUUAAUGUCAAUGAUGCGAUCUUCCCAUGACAGAUAUAUUAAGUCUCACGAUUGAAAAGAAAAUAUUAAGUUACAUGAUGAUGUAAUUCCUGUCACCUAACUGGGAACAAAAAUUAUUUUCCAAUCAACAAUAUAGGAAACAGUAAAAUUGUAGGCACACAUGUGUGAAAAACAAUCUUUUUCUCCAAUGGUUUUAGUUUAUGAACAAGGAUAUCUGUAUAUUAUGAAAUUUUCAUGAAAAACAAAUUCUUGAAAUCAACAUUGGUCAAUUAAUUUCAUGUAAAUGGAGAAAUUUCAGAAAUGCUGUGUAAUAAUUUCAGAAAAUAUUGAAAUGGUAUUCAAUGCGUAUAAAUUUGUAUUGCUUCAAUACGAGUAGGUUUGCACACCUAAAACUCGGACUGCUAUUGAAUAGAAUGUCAAUCUUUUGGAAUGCUACAAAGCGUUUUUCUACAGAGUGAAAAAAAAUGAUACGGGUUUAUAAAGCACUUUUACGCAUCCUAAAAGGGUGUUCAUAUGUGUCGGGCGAGGAAAUCUUUAUUAAAAAGGAGACUGGAUGCGAGGCUGAUUCUUCUCCGAGGGUGCUCUGACCAAAUGGAUUCUUCCUAACCUCUUUUCAGACCCAUGUCUCGUAAAUAAAUGCAUAGCUGGAAAGCUAGUGCAUAAGAAGGGUUAAGGUAGAAUAUCAGUUUUAAAAAAAGAGUUAAGUAUUAGAUUUAUGUUGUAGAUUCGUUUUUGUAAUUGUUGGUGAUGAUGGGGAAGGUUUUCUUUUUUCUUACGUUUGCUUUUUUCAAGACUUUCUUCUGUGAAUAAAAAGUAUUAAAAAAUGAAGAAAAAAAGUAGAGAAAUUAAUAAGUAAAAGAGAGAAGCUAGUAGGGUGAGAUAGGCCAUGGUUAAAUGGAGAUUUGUGUGACCAUGGUCAAAAUCUGAAUUAAAAAUGGAAUCACUAAGAAUGGA